AAACUUUGACUGAUGAAUAUUUUAGAUAAUUUAUAGCAAGUGUUUGCUUUUAUUGAUAGUACAGUAACUAUAAUUUUGUUGUUGAUGCGUUUCUAUGAUUUCCUGUCUAGCAUUUCUGAUUUAAUUUCUUUACUGAUGAUAACAGGAGACUGUCAGCCAGGGUUUCAUCCCAGCUGGGAAGAUAGACACUUAUUUGCCACACAUGAGAGCUGGUGGCCUUUACAGACUCAACAGUUUUUUCGGUUCUCACAACAAGAAUUUGUAUCGUGUUGCGGAACCAAGUUUCACCGUCACAUUCUCAUCGACUUCUGUCCUCUCUGAUCUAACGGACAGUCCGGUUUGUUUCCUUGAGGACCGGUUCCGGAUCCAUGGAUAUGAGGAGUUCGAUGCUGCCUGCGACUUGAGAGGGGAUCUUUAUGAUUAUGUUGGCCACAUCAAGCUUGUGAAUGGACAGGUUCUAAGUGAUAGUCUCAUGCUAGAUGAUGCCGAGAUAGCUUCAUCACGCCGCGUCUUGCUCCAUGUUCAAACACAUGAUGGUCCGGUGAUGAAGUUGUACCUAUGGGACAAGGCUGCCUCAGAUUUUAGUGAGAAAUUUAAAGCAUCUGGAGGAACCGCACGUGUUGUUUUGGUCACUACUUUAAACCCGAAACGAUUUGGAGGUCCGUAUUAUCAACCUUUUUAA